UCUGUGUUAAUCAUACGACCAAAAAUCAAUACAAAAAGAAGCUUUGAACUCGAUUACAACCGUACAAAGAUAAACUAUCAAGAACCGAGCCUAAAAACAAACAAGAAAACGACAAAUUUGAGAAACAAACAUUAUUUUAAGCAAAAGGUCAAAAAUUAUUUCAACAAAACAGAUAAACGUCAAUAAUGUCACAACUAUAUGAGUGUUUGUAUUCGUCACGCUUUUUCACAAAGAACGGAGCAUGAUUAACGUUAGAAUAUCUAAGAACUUCGUCCAGUUAAAAUGGACUGUCGUUUGAAACGUAUUCAUUUAAGCCUGUUGUUGUUAUUCUUCUUGGGGAACCUUCAAGAAUCUCUACAGCAAAUUUUUUAUUUCCAACCGGAACAAAUACAUUUAUCCUAUGGAAAGAAUGUAUCAGAAAUUGUUGUUACCUGGUCCACUUGGAAUGACACGAAAUUUUCUGCUGUUGAAUAUGGAAUUGGAGGACUCGUACUAAGAUCUGAAGGAUAUUCGACUAUGUUCGUUGAUGGGGGAUCUGAAAAACGUACUCAAUAUAUCCAUCGUGUUGUUUUAUCUGAAUUAACACCAGGAAAUACUUAUGUGUAUCAUUGUGGAAGCGACCAAGGUUGGUCUGCAGAGUUUUGGUUUAAAACACCCCCGGAUAGUGAAACAUGGCAACCGACAUUAGCAAUUUUUGGUGAUAUGGGCAAUGAAAAUGCUCAAAGUUUAGGUCGAUUGCAAGAAGAAGCACAAAGAGGUUUAUAUGAUACUAUUUUACAUGUGGGAGAUUUUGCGUAUGAUAUGGAUACUCAUAAUGCCCAAAUUGGUGAUCAAUUUAUGAGACAAAUCCAAUCAAUAGCAGCUUAUGUACCUUAUAUGACCUGUCCUGGAAAUCAUGAAGAAAAUUACAAUUUUAGUAAUUACAUUAAUCGGUUUUCAAUGCCAAAUAAGCAUGACGAUCCCUUUUACAGUUUUAACAUAGGGCCACUACAUAUCAUUUCAAUUUCAACUGAACUUUUUUACUUUUUAAACUAUGGUUUAAAGCCGUUAGCUUUUCAAUAUGAGUGGCUUGAAAACGAUUUAAUUGAAGCAAAUUUGCCAGAAAAUCGUGAAAACCAACCUUGGAUUAUUGUAAUGGGACACCGCCCCAUGUAUUGUUCAAAUACAGACAAAGACGAUUGUACUCAUCAUGAAACUUUAACAAGAGUUGGAUUACCUUUUUUGCAUUUCUUUGGUUUGGAAAAAUUGUUGUAUGACUAUGGGGUUGACUUAGUUAUUUGGGCUCAUGAGCAUUCGUAUGAACGAUUGUGGCCUAUUUAUGAUUAUAAAGUGUUUAAUGGGAGUUAUGAUGAACCUUAUACUAAUCCAGGUGCUCCAGUCCAUAUUGUAACUGGUUCUGCUGGAUGUAAGGAAGGGCGGGAUAAUUUUACAGUUCCAAGACCUGAAUGGUCAGCAUUUACAAGUUCGGAUUAUGGAUAUACGCGAUUGAAAGCGUAUAAUGAAACGCAUUUGUAUCUGGAACAAGUUUCUGAUGAUAAAGAUGGACAAAUUAUUGAUACUUUAUGGAUUUUAAAGGAAAAUCAUGGACCAUAUCAGUUAUCUGGAACUGAUUUUAUGGGAGUUUAUACAAAAAAGAAACGCGAGAGUAACUAAAAUAUGUUUAGAAUAACAUAUAUUUCUUGUUAUUAUUAUUUAUUUUAAAUAAAACACAUUCUGAAUAUAAAA